CCGCCGGACCCCGCCCCGCCUCCCCCCCCCCGGGGGGCCGCGCCGGGGGGGGGCCGCCCCCUCCCACCCCCCCUCCCGGUCGCCCAUGGAGCACCAGUCCAUCAUCGCCCAGGUUAGCAGGGAGGAGGGGAGCGCCCCGCUGCAGGAGAAAGGUACCCAGGCCCCUGCCACCAAGAAGCCACGGAGCCGCAGCAUUCUCCAGUCCCUCUUCUGCUGCCUGUGCCGCGAUGACGGGGAGCCCUGUGCUGGUACCCCUGGUGCCCCGCUGCUGGUGGAGGAGAAUGGGGCGCUGCCCAAGGCUGCCGUCAAACACCUUCUGCCUGAGAUCAAGCCACAGGAUGCUAGCAAACUGUGUGUGGUCAUCGACCUGGAUGAGACACUGGUGCACAGCUCUUUCAAGCCGGUGAACAAUGCCGACUUCAUCAUCCCGGUGGAAAUCGAUGGCAUCAUGCACCAGGUGUAUGUGCUCAAGCGGCCACACGUGGAUGAGUUCCUGCAGCGCAUGGGUGAGCUCUUCGAGUGCGUGCUCUUCACUGCCAGCCUGGCCAAGUAUGCGGACCCCGUGGCCGACCUGCUGGAUAAAUGGGGGGCCUUCCGGGCACGGCUUUUCCGGGAAUCCUGUGUCUUCCAUCGGGGCAACUACGUGAAAGACCUGAGCCGCCUGGGCCGCGACCUGCGCCGUAUCAUCAUUGUGGACAACUCGCCUGCAUCCUACAUCUUCCACCCCGAUAACGCCGUGCCGGUGGCCUCCUGGUUCGAUAACAUGGCAGACACGGAGCUGCUGGACCUCCUACCCUUCUUCGAGAGGCUCAGCAAGGUGGAGGACGUGUACGCAGUGCUCAAGAAGCAGCGGACUAACAGCUAGUGCCCUCCACCACUGCAGGUGCUGCCCAGGGGCACCGCCGUGGCAGCCGGGUGCCUUGUGUUAGGGGGAAAAGUAUCCCCCGGUGUGCCCCCACCAUCAUCCUUGGAUGCCCUCCCUGCCUGCUGGUGGUGGGAGACGUGGGUGCCCCAUCCAGGGAGGUGGGUGUCCCCUUCCCAUGGAGGAGGAGGGCUGUGGGUGCCCCGCUGCCUUGCUGUGCUGAGGACCUGCUGGGGAGGGUCCCGGUUCUCCCCCACUGUCCCCCCCCAACUUGUGUCCCCCGUCCCCAGAACGGUUCUCAGGUCCUUUUCCCCUCCGUGUCCCCCCAAAUCGGGGGCUGGGGGGGUCAGCAACUGCUGCUUUCCACUGCCUUUGGGCGGGACUGGCCUCCCUCAUCUGGGCUCUGCCCACUGAGGGAGGGGCUGGUGGCCCUCAGUCCCUAUGUUCAGGGGGUGUGGGAUGAGUUAAUCGCUUGCCACCACCCUGAGAAAUGGGGGAGUCUGAUUGGCCUUGGGGCAUAGGGUUUCCACCAUACCCUUGACUGCUUGGGUGCAGCCCAUCACCUCGGGGGGGCACGUCCCCACCCCCCUCGUGCCUUUUGCUGCCCCCUGCCUAGGGGCUGUGUUCUGGGGGGUAGCCCAGCCUCAGGGCUGAGCCCUUAGCCACAAAUGCCCCCCCACCACGUGCCUUGGGACACCAUGUCUCUGUGCCCCCUUCCCAGCCCUGCAAGGGCUGUGCCUCCUAUUUCACCCCUUCCAACCUCGUUUUUUUCCCAUGGGGGGGGGUCUGGUGGCCUUACCCCUCCCCUUCAGUUAUACUUUAUCAUGGGAGCCACUCCAGUCGCCGAUGGGAGGGGGCACACUUCCCUUCCCCAUCCAUCUGCAGCUUCACCAAAAGCUGCAAACCCCCCGGGGGAGCGACACCCCCCUACCAGCAUUAGUGUGCCCCCCCCCCCCAGCCUUACCCCAGCACCCCCAGCUGGGGCAGGGUGGGAGGCACUGAGGACCCCUCUCCCUGCAGGCUGGGGGUUACCCUGACCCCUGUGGGGUCAGGCUCGUGCCAGGGUGCCCCCAGCCUUGAGGGGCUCUCAGGGAGGGUUUGUGGGGGCCGAGCCCGGCCAGGCCGUUUUUAGCAUUGCAAUAUGGACAAUGGCGAGUAUCGUUUUAGGGGGAAAACCAACGGUUUCCCCAAAAAAUUAUGGGUGCCUUUUUACCGCUGUGCCAGGCAAGGGGGGGGGGGCAGUAUUGGGGGGGGUGUCAUGUGAGGGGUUUUAGCUCUGCGGUGCUGUCCAUCUGGCUCAUGCCAGCAUUGCCCUUCUCCCAGUGUUGGGUGCUGGGGGGCAGGCAGGGGUGCCCCCCCGGCCUGCCCACACCCCUGCACCCCGCCCCCAGGCCUCAUCCCUCCCCUCCGGGAGGGUUGAACUCAGCACUUUAUAUUAGACAAGUCAAACGGCACCAGCGAACCCCCCUGCCCAGCAAGCACCCAUGGGUGCUGC